AUGCGGGAAGACGAGCCUCUCCUCUGCCCCGCGCCAAGCACACCCCGCAAGCCGUCCCGCCUCAAACGCACGCUACGUACGCUCAGCUCGCCGUUCCGCAGCGGCUCGCCCUUCCACAUCGGCUCGCUUAAGCGAACUGGUUCCGCUAAAUCUUCAGUGUCCGACGGCGAGAUCGCACGCGACGAACGCACUAUGCGUAAGAAAAACAAGAAACCACGUUCCGACGUGCCCGCGUCUACCUCGCGCAGUAGUGACAGCUCGCCGGUUGUCAAAAAAAAGGAAAGUAAGAAAUUAAUCAACAUAGACUCGACUCGCUCGGAGAGCACCGAUCUAUCUCGGUCGGAAACGGAGCCUGAACCACUAACCUCAAAUGUCGCGCAAAUUACAGCAAACUAUGAACAACUACCUGGAACUCCAAUGGAGCCAAUACUGCCCAACGAUGAGCAAUCAUUUGAAACGUUACUGGAGCAGAUCACACAAACUACUCCGAUCACUCCGACGGAAAAGUCCUCGCAUAACAAUGAUGAAUCAUUUGAAAAUUUAAUGAAAGAAAUUACGCAAAGUAAUGAGAAAUAUCCUGAAACUCGAUUUGAACCUGUAACGUCACAUGUCGAGCCAGCAUCUUCUACUGAAAUGGAGCCAGCGUCGCCUAAACAGAAACGAUCGUCCAACACAGAGUUGGAAGUGGAGUUGCCUGAAAGUGUCACGCCAGAGCAGAUUUUCAGUCCAAUCGUGGUGGAGCAUCCGGUGGCUACCAGAGCGUUCACUAAAGCGGCGUGGCAGAAGCGUGCGCCAUUGACUGAAAUUCAGAAGCCUAUCGAGGAGCCAAGUCCUGAGGGGACUAUGAAGCGGCGAAUUGCUUUUGUGUCACAAUUCUCGAUGUAUCAGACGGAGGACCAUGACGAUGAUGACGACGACGAGGAAGAGGGGCAGACGGGCGAGGUGGGGUCGCUGGAGGAAGCGGUGGCGCUAGCUCGCUCGCGGCUCGCUGCCGGCGCGUCGCAGCCGCAUUCGCACGACAACGUCGACGCCGAAGAGAAGGGAUACGCGGAGGCGAACAUGCCGGCCUACGGAGACCUCAUCGAGCCGGAGAACAAGGCUGGGAGCGACGGACCGGUGAGUUGUUGCGCUCGAUUCGCGCGUCAGUGGGUGAUGGCGUAUCGUACGAUGCGCGCGCGCCAUGACCUUCGAGGAGACAGCUGA